AGACGCUUUCUCCUUAUUGGCUGCAGCUACAUCCUACGUUUUCAGGCCUCUACUAUUCAGAUUCUAUUUUAAACCACACUUCCUUCGUGAGCAUUGGAUUAAGGACAACGACUUAGAAAAGGCCUUAGUUCCUUUGUCUGGUAUGGAUCACAGCAUCCCAGAGAUACUGAGAGAUCCUGACAGACAGCCUGGGCUGAUUGCAGACUGGGAGAGUCAUGAGUCCUUCAUUCCAGAAAAAGAGCAGAGGAGAUUCAGUUCCUGCAUGGUAGCAGAAGAUCUGAGCACAGAUGGUCACUGGUCACAGAUGUCCAUCUCCCGUUCCUUGCAGCGAGCUGAAGUUUUACUCAAGAGUACCUUUAAUCCGAAUCUGAAGUGGCUAUUCCGUGGUGACAGUCAAGAUCAGGACGAGGCGAAUUUUGUAGUGGCUCACAACCUGGUGUCCCGUUCCUCUGAGCGCCUGCUGCAUCUGCAGCAAGCCCUUCUGACUGUGGCACCCCAGUGGCAGCUGGUGGGUAGGACACAGUUGGGAUAUCCUCAGGCCUGUUUUAAAGGAAUGCCGGAUGAAGCAGGUGUUCUUUUCCUGCCUUCCUCAUCCUUCCUCCAGGGCAACUACAGAGCUCUGUGGAGGCUCCUGGAGCAGCGGUCCUUGCUGAUUUUUAUACACGAGUAUACAAGGAGGGCUCGCCUGGCAGCAGCUUUCAUGUCAAGAGUGAACGGUCUAUUGGAGCAUCAGCUGAAGAAAUCAUACCUUACACUUAACCAGACCCCAUCCACCUGGUCUUCAUGCAGGAUCAAUCUCAGCUCACUAAGUCAAGAACUCCGGGUUCAUCUCAAUCACUGGUCUUGCCUGUUUUCCAAAGUCCAGACUGACCACUUCUUAAGACGUACCGUUGUUCAGCAAACCAGGCUGCUGAUAAAAAUCAAAGAAUCUCUGGAUUUAUUAGGUCUGCAGGCACUGCUUUUGAUGGAACAUUAUGUCCAAGCUAUCCUGUCUGUUAUAGCCCAGACUGACUUAGACUCUGUACCAAAAGAAGUCUUGGAGGAUAUUUUAACAGGUACUUAUCAGUAUAACCAGGCAGUGGAUGAGCAGAGACGACAGCACAGCACCUCCCAGCUGAGGACUGCAGUAUUACAGCAGGCAGAUUUUUCUGCAUUGGAUUCUAGUCUUCCAAAGAUCAAAACCCAUCACCCUUCUCCUUUCUCAAUCAAAGAGUUAAUGAUGAUUUUAGCAGGCUAUCAUGGAGAAAUGGCAGCCAAACAGCUGCACUACUGGGCUUUAGAGCAACCCCGUUACAUCUGUGAGCUCCAUAGCAGCCAUGAGGACUACACAUGCUCUGAUAACUCCAUAAGUCAAAUGGUCAACUGUCAGAUUUCCACAUUGAGAUCUGAGUGGACAUGGGAGCAGCUACAGCAUACCUACCUAAUUUCCUGUCCUCUCUCUUCUAUGAAUCAUAAUCAUCCCACUUUCCAGUCAUGUUCUUGCCAAACUACAAAUGCAACACCUUCUGUUUACAUGCCAGACCUCCAUCUGAACAGUCCUAUCUUGGAAAAUUGUUGUCCUAUUUUAGCCAAUCCCACACCUAUACAACAUAAAAAAGAGGGCUCUAAAAAAGACCAAAUUAACCAGUGCCAAAAAUACAUAUCCCAUUCAGCUUUUACUCAGCCCAAUGCGAAAGUUUUGGACUUGGUCCAACCUGAACCAGAAAGAAAGACAAGUUUAGAAAACUGUACACUUCUGCACACAGUUUCACCCUCGUUAACCAGCUCCCAUCACCUCUUAAAUGUCCCUCUGUCGAGGAUUUGCCAACUCCACCAUUCCUCAGUAGAACUACUUUUUCAGGUGUUUGUUUCCUCCAGUGACCUGCUGGCUCCACUAGUUUCACGUACACCUACACCAGAAAGACUAAAUGAACAGCCACUCCGGGCAGCAGUAACAGACCUGUUAAAUGACUCAACAAUUUCAAGUGCUCAUGUGACAAAUGCACCUGAUUCGGUGGAAUUAAAUAGAGCGAGCUCCAAGCUAAACAGAGACCAAAAUGUGGAGGGAACUCGGCAGGAAUGGGCUGAACUGGAAAUAACUGGGCCAGAUGCCACCAGCAGAUCAGGUUUUGAGAGGGCGAAGGAAGAGAUUUUUGAGGCAGAGAGGACGUCGCUGGAGCCAGACUGUGUUCGCUGGCCUCACACAGUACAAUGGUUAGACCUCGGUCAGUCACUGGUGUUUGCUGAUCUGCUUGAACAGUAUCACACCCUGCUAUGGACUGUCUGCAGUAAAGCCCUGUGGCUUCAACUGCAAGUACCUCUAGGAGGAAACACUGUAGGAAGCAUCAACCUCCAAGAAAACCAUAAGAGUUUCCAGGUCAUCCACAGGAUCAGUCGGGCUUCAGAGACGGGUCUGGUUCCAAAGGAGAGCAAAAUCAUGCUGGAGGACUUGAGUCUAUAUCUGUUAUUCAUUACAGCACAUGCUCACUGGGACUAUGAUGUGUGCAGAACUUUAGGUUCAACUCUGACAGAUAAGUGUCUUAUAAAUCAAACCGGCCACUUUGUUAUGCAAUCACCUAAACAAGAUGGAACUGUGACAACGUCGGCGACAAUGAAACAUUUCCUAAUGCUGCUGAAACCUCUCCUGUCUUUACUGUGCUGCCAUCAGUCAAACAGCAGAGCCUCAGGUUCUUUCAGCUUCUUCCCCUACACUCUACGGAGACAGACUGUUAGUUUGGUGCUAGCCUCCGUGCAGCUGUCCACAGUCUGGAUCAUGUCAAAGGCUUACCAGUUCCUCUCCUCAUGGAGCCUCAAUAAGUUCCUGCUUAUUACACAGGGGGACCUCAAAAUGAUGAGGGCGUCAUUAGAGGUGAUGGUGCAUCAGACCAAGUUGCUAGUGAUGAAUUCAGAUGGUGACCAACAAUCUACUCUCCAUCAACACAGCCAGCUCCUGCUGAGACAGCAACUUGAAGCACUUGAUAGAGCCGUGUCUGCUCUGCCGACCUUCUCUUCUAUGGUGCUGAAGACCUUCUCCAGUGACUGCAAGCGAAGGUCAGGGGAGAUCUUUGAACACACCAUGCCUUCUUCUGUACAUUGGAGACCCGACCACAGGAGAGGUAUUCCCAACACUCCCAGUGAAUAUGCAUCCCUGGCAGCUCAGACUGUGAUAGGUCAAGUUUUAGAUGGUGUGUUACCUUUGUCUGAUGAUGCACGAGUCCAAGCACUGAGUAUAACCAUGACGGCAUUCAUGGAGGCAUGGAUGGAACACAUCCUGAGACAAAAGAUCAAAUUCAGCGUGCAGGGAGCUCUACAGCUGAAGCAGGACUUUGAUUCUAUCAGAGAAAUGAUCCAAUCAGAUGAAUAUGGUCUGUCAGCUGAACUCCACCAACGACUGCUCAGCCUCCGGGUUUUUCAGCAGGUAGAUUCAGCAGUGGUGUGUCUGCUCCAGCAGCCGCAAGCCAAAAAAGCAUACGUGCAGUCCGAAGCCUGGGAGCCUUUCACACGCUGCUGUCCAGCCAGCAGAAGCAGGGGCAGCACCGAUGCUGCUGUGGUCAGUAGUAUAGACAACCUGAGGUGUAUGGAGGGUGAGGACCUGUCUCAGUCUGAGUCAUCACUUGUGACUACUGACCUCCCUCCAGUAGACCCAUCGACCCACACAGAGCCAUACCUCGCUCCAAGUGUGGCGCUGGGGGCGGCUCAGCAGGAAUGGUUGGACUUGAGGAUUCAGACUAGUGCCCGUCGUUGGAGGAUGCCGGGACUGCCAUGUCUCUCUACCUCUGAACACUGAGCACACAUACAGACACACACCCUGCAGAGAUAUGACAAACACUCACCUCACAUCGCUGGAUCAAAAUUUCAAGGAAAUCUCAUGUAAAUACAUAAAAAGAAAUUUUAUUGUUGUUACUUUUGAAAAUAAAAAUGCAUGAGCUGAGGGGGUACCAUGAAGAAAUGCAGCAUAGCCAGGUUUUCUUGGCAUUAGCUGGUUUGACAACCUAAAGCUUCAGUCAGAGAUAACGGGUGUCACGACAGUGAGUUUCAACUUUGCUUGUUAAUUCAGGCUCUGAGCACACGCACAUUAAAGAGGACACUCGAGGCAUCCUUUGGACAUCGUGGUGGUGCAGUGGUUAGCACUGUUGCCUCGCAGCACGAAGGUCCUGGGUUCAAAUCCAGCUGGCUGAGGGCUUUCUGUGUGGAGUUUGCAUGUUCUCCCUGUGUUUGUGUGGGUUCUCUCU